AUGCCAGAACCUUCUAAAUCCGCUCCAGCCCCGAAGAAGGGCUCCAAGAAGGCGGUCACCAAGGCGCAGAAAAAGGAUGGCAAGAAGAGAAAGCGAAGCCGCAAAGAAAGUUACUCCAUCUACGUUUACAAGGUUCUUAAACAAGUCCACCCGGACACUGGCAUCUCGUCCAAGGCCAUGGGCAUCAUGAACUCAUUCGUCAACGACAUCUUCGAGCGCAUCGCGGGUGAGGCUUCUCGCCUGGCUCAUUACAACAAGCGCUCCACCAUUACCUCUAGGGAGAUCCAGACUGCCGUCCGCCUGCUACUGCCCGGGGAGCUGGCCAAACAUGCUGUGUCUGAGGGCACUAAGGCUGUCACCAAGUACACUAGCGCCAAGUAA